AUGCUAUUGAAAUUAAUUUUACCAAUUCGGCAUCAAUAGUUUUAAUUUCACCAUAUAUUUGUUGGUUAUACGGUAACAAUACACAAAUACUAUUUCAGCUAAAGUAUGUAGAUCUAACAGCGUAUAAAGACAAAGCAUUUAAUAUCG